AUGGCAGAGACGCUACAUCAUUUCAGACCCAGGAAACUCAUUUCGUUCAUAAAAAUCGAAGAAAGCUUUCUGCCGAUAUUGAUGGUACGGGUGAACGUUGAUAUAGCCUUGUGGGGUCCUGGAAGGAGGAAUCGAGACACCGAGCAUCUGGUGGUUCUCGGUGUUUGCAAGCACCGAAAUGUGAGGCAGAGAGAAGUUCGUAUGCAUGAAGGCCUCGAAAAAGACACGGAGCCUCAGGUCACAACUGAGAGGGCAGCUGCCCCAGCGAGCCAAAAAUUAAAGGGGACGCCCAGUCACCUAAAAGUACUCGCUGUGGGUGCAAGUCAGGAGGUGUCAUACGAACCAUUCGCAUUGACAAAAAGGGCUACCGUCGCAACUGAAAAGGAGGAAGAACAUGCUAUUAGUGCUUCCUUUCGGGGCAUGCUGCGGAUACCCACAGAGGAUAAUCAUAACCCAGCAACAUCUAGUGAGCCAAGGCCGUGGAAAACCUUUACUCGCACACCGAGCUCACGACUAUCUUCCUGCUGGUAUCACAGAGAGAAGCAGGAUGUUAACAUGUCCCAGAUGAUAAGGAUAAAAGUUGCAACAUCCCUCUGCUGA